GCGUUUGGCUCGUGUUUGUUGUUUAUGAGGAUUAGAAAGCUACACCCUGGAAGAGUGGCCUGGAUAGUCACACAUCUGGAGUCAUGAAGCAACUGCCAGUUGAAACUGUCCGGCUGCUCUCCAGCUCCCAGGUCAUCACUUCUGUGGUGAAUGUUGUCAAAGAGCUGACAGAAAAUUCCUUGGACGCAGGCGCUUCAAGCAUCGAUAUCAAACUGGAGAACUUUGGCUUGGACCGGAUCGAAGUGCGGGACAAUGGCCAUGGAAUCAAAGCUGCGGAUACUCCCGUGAUGGCCGUGAGGCAUUUCACCUCCAAGAUCUGCAGCCACGAAGAUCUGGAGCAUUUGGAAACCUACGGCUUCAGGGGGGAGGCAAUGGGCUCCAUCUGUGCCGUGGCAGAGGUUUCUGUAACAACAAAGACAGAAGAAGACGACAUCAGCACCCAGUACAUGCUCGACUUUACGGGGAAAAUACUUUCUCAGAAGCCAUCUCACCUGGGUCAAGGUACAUCUGUGAGUGUAAUGAAACUUUUCAAGAAUCUUCCUGUGAGAAGGCAGUACUACUCCUCCACAAAGAGGUGCAAAGAGGAACUAAAGAAAGUGCAGGACCUGCUCAUGGCCUUCGCCAUCGUAAAACCUGAGCUGAGACUCGUGCUGGUUCAUAACAAGGUGGUGGUCUGGCAGAAGGCCAGGGCUGUGGACAGCAGAAGUGCCCUCCUGGCCACGCUGGGACCCGGUGCCGUUGCUAACUUGUUCCCAGUUCACCAGCACCGAGAGCAACCAGAGAUUGUUUUAGAUGGGUUUUUCCCAAAGCCUGGAGCUGAAUACUCCUCCACGAGUUCAUCCAACCCUGACAAAACCUUUAUAUUUGUCAACAACCGGCCAGUCCAGCUGAAGGAAAUAAUGAAGCUGCUCCGUCAGCACUACUCUGCCCAGUACAGGGACGACGCGGUCCGGCAGCGAUACCCCACCCUCACGCUUAAGAUCACCGUCUCCCCCUCCUCAGUGGACGUCAAUCUUACACCGGACAAGACCCAGGUUCUUCUCCAUCACAAGGAAGCUGUUUUGGCUGCAUUGGAAGAAUUGCUCGUUUCCCUUUACGGCCCUCAACCUGCCGCUGACCUACCGGCUGUGAAGCCGCCCGGCCAUGACACUUUUCUCCCCCCGUGCAGUCCUAUGCAAACCGAUGCUUCCAAAGAAGAAAAGGACCGGAGCACGGACGGGGAAGCCCAUCCGACCGGUCAACGUGACGCCAGCGGCCAGAAAGAUGUGCAAAACGACAAAGCUUUGUCACCCUCACUGGAGCGGCAGCCCUCGAACUGCAGCUCCUCGUCCUCUAUCGCAGAUGACUGGAUCGUGAACCAGAUCCCAGCGGAGUUCAACUCCAGUUUGCCGCUUUUCGACGAUGAAACGGCCCCGAGUUGCUCUCAGGCCGACGAAAUGGACCCGACCAACGAAUCUCCAGAGAGCCCCGCGCACGCAGACGCAAGCAAACAGCACAUCCCCGCCGAGGACUGGAGUCGAGGGACGGCGCUGACCGACCCGGCCACCGGCGAGCCUCUGGAGCCCGUCCGGAUCCACCUGCCCUCCAGGGGCAGCCCCCCUGACCCGGCCAGAAAGCCGCUCAACGCCAUCGUGGAGAAGCGGGCGGCCCUGACCGCCUACCACAUGAUCAGCAGCCGCGCCGUCAGGGCGCCGCUGUCCCCCGCCGCCCUGUUCGAGAAGGAGGCCAGGGCCCAGGUCCUCCGGGAGAAGCCGGCAGCCAGCCUGCAGGAGAUCAGCCUCGCCGUCCACCAGAGGUGGAAAAAUCUGGGGGAGGACGGCCGUAAGAAGUACGAAGACAAAGCCAAAAGGCAGGCGGAGCAGCACCACCAGAAGGCCCGGUGGGCCGAGGCUCCCCGGGAGCCCGCUUUGAGCCCCCCAGGGGGCCAGGCGCAGGGUCAGAAACGCAAGGCCCCUCCGUCCAACCAGCGGCUCCUCGACGAGCUCUUCGGCGAGCGGCCCCAGAAGAAGACCAGGACCCCGGACCCCAAGCCCUCGCGGCCCCUCCCCUGCAGCGUGGCCGCCCUCCGCCUCCAGCUCCAGCGCCUCUCCUCCCAGAGCCGCGCGGCGCCGCGGGGCCUCCGCCUUGUAAACCGGCUGGCCUCUCAGAGCGCCUGGGUCAUUUUACGCGGUCAGAGGCUCAUGUUGUUAAACCCAUUCCGAGUGGAGGAGACCUUGCUGUUUAAGAGACUUCUAGAGAAUAAUAUACUUCCAGCCGUGAGUCUGCAGAACCCCGUGCAGCUCACAGAUGGAAGUUUAGGAGGAGCUCAAUAUACUGAGGCUUUGUGCAACAUGGAGCUACAGAAACCUGAGCUGAGUGGAGAGGCCUUCUUUUCUGAUCCCAGGCUUUUGGCUAAUGGCUUUAAAAUCAAACUCACUCCAGGCACCAUGUCAGCGGAGAGACAUCUGGAAGUGACGGCAAUGGCAGACUGCGUGCCUUUUCUUGGUGUAGAAGACCUGAGGGAGAUCCUGACAGGCGUUCUUCACCGGAAGGCCUUGACUGUGAAAGAGAGCCGGCCACUUAAAGUCACAAACUACCUCCAAGGUGAGGCGGUUCGACUGGCCCGUCAGCUGCCCACCAAUCUAUCCCGGGAGGAUGUGGAAGAAACCCUCAGACGGAUGGAAAGGCAGCUGGGUCACAGUAGCCGCUCCUGUAUCCAUGGACGGCCAUUUCUCCAGCAUUUAAUUGACAUUCCCUCUUCAGACAAGGAAGCAGAAGCCCUGUUCAGACCUCUAGAGUUGUGACAUAAAAGAAAACCUGCACAAUAUCUAUGAAAUUCUCUUAGAUGUUUGUCAUUCCACUUCAGAUACUUGGUUUGUUGCUGUUCCUCAUCAAUUCUGUUUGUAACUACAACACUUAACUGAUUGUUAAUGUCUUUGUAAAAACAUUAUUUUGUGAAUAACAGCACAUGAAUAAACAUUUUGCCACAGAACACAUGAAACUUGACUUUACCCUUACUUUGUGAUAACUAAAAUACUAUGAAUAAUUGGUGAGAAAGAGCUCAAUGAGCUACUGAGCUCAAAAAGUAUUGAUGAG